AUUGCCAUCCGCAAUUACAACUUUACAAGCAGUCCCCUUCUCCCUCUGCCAUUAAAAAAUAAAAAAUAAAACCUAAUCCUAGAAAUCCAAGAAAACAAGAGCCCGAACAAGUAAAGGAUUAAGAAGAUAUCGUGGGAGUGGGAUAUUGAAUCCGUCGAUGCUUAGUUUUGGUGGAGUAGAAGAGGAUCAAAGAGGGGGUUCUUCCAAUAAACGCUCUCUCUGUAUCUCCCCUUCGAAGUUGCUUCCUUUUUCAUGUCUUCUUCAUACACACCCUCUUUAUUCUUUGCUCAUUCAGGGUCUUCUCAAGCCCUAGGCUUUCAUCUUUGCACUAUGCCUUUUCUGUGAUCUCAAUCUUCUCCUUUGUAUAAAACAUGAUUGAUUCGAAGGAAUGCUGCCUAGGUCUCUAAUCAGAAUUGUGGAACCAUUGUUUUCCCUGAUUUUGAGCAGGUAUUCGUUUUUGAGUUCUUCACUGAAGACGAAACCAGGUUGUUGCUGUCAAAGCAGUCAUCUGGAAUAUCUUUGUUAUACGGGGUGUAGAUGGCUUAAGCAAUCCUUAUCAGUAGCCGGACUGCUGGAGCCAGCAAGUUAACGAAAUCAAAAAGUCAAAAGCAUCCAAAAUGCCACCCAAGUCCGUCCCACUUCCGGCUAAACCCUCCAAACCCUACCUUUUCUAUGGCCACCGGAAGCCCUCCCAAAACCGCCCCGUUGUUUAUGGUGGCCUCUUUUCCAACCGCCAAGUCCUCAAACCUCCCCAAUCUCCUCUACCGCCUUCACCACCCUUUGAUCUCCGUAAAUGGGAUCCACAUCACCUCUCUCAGAACCCAUCGCCACCACCCAUUCCCACACCACACCAACACUCAAAGCUAUCACCAAUAGCCCGGUUCAUCAUUGAUGCCUUUCGCAAGAGCCAGUACACUUGGGGACCAAGUGUUGUCUUUGAACUCAAUAAGCUCCGUCGUGUUACUGCAUCACUUGUAGCGGAAGUGCUCAAAGUCCAAGAUGAUCCCAUUCUGGCUUCCAAGUUCUUUCAUUGGGCUGGUAAGCAGAAAGGGUUUAAGCAUAAUUUCGCUUCUUAUAAUGCAUUAGCUUAUUGCCUCAAUAGAAAUGGUCGUUUUCGAGUGGCUGAUCAGUUGCCAGAACUAAUGGAUUCCCAAGGGAAGCCUCCUACUGAAAAACAGUUUGAAAUUUUAAUACGCAUGCAUGCUGAUAAGAAUAGAGGACAAAGGGUUUAUUAUGUGUAUCAGAAAAUGAAGAAUUUUGGAAUAAAGCCGCGUGUGUUUUUGUAUAAUCGAAUAAUGGAUGCGUUAGUCAAAACAGGUUAUUUAGAUUUAGCAUUGUCUGUGUAUGAGGAUUUUAGAGGUGAUGGUUUGGCGGAGGAAAGCAUUACAUUCAUGAUUUUGAUCAAGGGUUUAUGUAAGGCCGGGAAGGUAGAUGAAAUGCUAGAGGUUUUGGGGAGGAUGAGGGAGAUGUUCUGUAAGCCGGAUGUUUUUGCCUAUACAGCUAUGAUUAAGAUCUUGGUUUCUAAAGGGAACUUGGACGGAUGCUUGCGUGUUUGGGAGGAGAUGCGGAGAGAUGGGGUGGAACCGGAUGUAAUGGCUUAUGUGACAUUAGUUGCAGGGUUGUGUAAGGGAGGAAGGGUGCAGAGAGGGUAUGAGUUGUUUAAGGAGAUGAAAACGAAAGGGAUAUUGAUUGAGAGGGUAACGUAUGGUGUUUUAAUAGAAGGGUUCGUGAAGGAUGGGAAGUUGGGAUCUGCUUGUGGUUUGUUGAAGGAUUUGAUAGAUUCUGGAUACAGGGCUGAUUUAGGGAUAUAUAAUCCUCUUAUUGAGGGCAUGUGUGAUGUGAAGCUGAUUGAUAGAGCAUACAAGCUUUUUCAGGUAACAGUUCAAGAGGGUUUAGAGCCAGGAUUUGCAACCGUGAAGCCCAUGCUGCUGGCGUUUGCAGAGAUGAGACGAAUGUCUGACUUUUGCAAGUUGCUAGAGCAGAUGCAGAAGUUAGGAUUUUCUGUUAAUGAUGAUCUUUCUAAGUUCUUCUCGUUUGUGGUCGAGAAGGGGGAAAGAACAAUAAUGGCUGUACGAGUGUUCAAUGAAUUAAAAGUGAAAGGUUACGGUAGUGUUCGGAUUUACAGUAUUCUAAUGGGGGCUCUCCACAAGACUGGGAAGGUGAAACAAGCAUUAUCACUCUUUCAAGAAAUGAAGGAUUUGAAUUUUGAGCCCGACUCCUCUACAUAUAGUAAUGCGAUUAUAUGUUAUGUUGAAGAUGAGAAUAUCAAGGAUGCUUGCAUCUGCCAUAACAAAAUCAUAGAGAUGUCAUGUGUUCCUUCCAUUGACGCUUACUAUUCUCUUACUAAUGGUCUCUGCAAAAUUGGUGAGAUAGAUGCAGCUAUGAUGCUUGUUCGUGAUUGCUUAGGUAAUGUUACAAAUGGACCCAUGGAAUUUAAAUACGCACUUACUGUUCUUCAUGCCUGUAAAUCAGGUGCUGAGAAAGUGAUGGAAGUGUUGAAUGAAAUGAUGCAAGAAGGUUUGCCUCCAGAUAACAUUAUAUGCUCUGCAAUUAUAUCUGGCAUGUGUAAGUACAGGACCAUAGAAGAGGCAAGGAAGGUAUUUGCUAAUUUAAGAACACGCAAACUUCUAACCGAAGCUAAUAUAAUUAUAUAUGAUGAACUAUUGAUCGAAUAUAUGGAGAAGAAAGCAGCGGACCUUGUGCUUUCGGGACUCAAGUUCUUUGGCCUGGAAUCUAAAUUAAAAGCAAAGGGCUCCACCCUGCUAUCUAGAUAAAGAAUCGAAGGCCAGUACCUAUUAUCAGCGGAGUCUAAACACCAUUUUCCUGAUUAUCUAAACACCAGAGUCUGCAGGAAAGGUACCCUCUUGCGCCAUUGAGCUUAACAGGUUAUCAGCAGGGGUCUGGCUGCAUCUAUCAGCUCAGCUUGCUUGUUUUUGCUUCUCUCUGCUGCUAGGUCCAAAUAUGCACAGUGCAGUGUCUGUAUGGUCUUUAAAUCAAACAAUGAUGUUGUUGCAGUUCACUGUUUCUCAGAUUUGGUGUCAACUGUGUCAAUAUCAUCAGUUUUGGCUCUUAAUACCUCGAAGUUAAAACUCAUGUAAGCAUGGAAUACACCCUUUUGCUUGUUGUACUCAUAAACCAAACUCUUCCAGGUUUCUCAAAGUAAUGAAUGCAGAGAUUAUUAUAUUUA